CGCUCACCUCAGUAGGCGAUCCGCACACAGCAGGCUUUUGUGUUUGUUACCUCCCGCGCUGCCCAUCAUGUCCCUGAGGAGCCACCUCUCGCGUCUCCUCCGGACGCAAGUGCACUCCGUCCGGAAGAAGUCUGUCCACUCCGUGGCUGUCAUUGGAGCCCCAUUCUCCCAGGGACAGAAGAGAAAAGGAGUGGAAUAUGGUCCCGCUGCUGUAAGAGAAGCUGGCUUGAUGAAAAGGCUCUCGGAUCUGGGCUGCCACCUUAAAGACUUUGGAGAUUUGAAUUUUACUCCAGUUCCCAAAGAUGACCUCUAUAACAACUUGAUAGUAAAUCCUCGCUCGGUGGGCCUGGCCAACCAGGAGCUGGCGGAGGUGGUGAGCCGAGCUGUGGCGGGUGGCUACAGCUGCGUCACGGUGGGAGGCGACCACAGCCUGGCAAUCGGUACCAUCAGUGGCCAUGCCCGACACUGCCCAGACCUUGGUGUGAUCUGGGUUGAUGCCCAUGCUGACAUCAAUACACCCCUCACCACUUCAUCUGGAAACCUACACGGACAGCCAGUUUCAUUUCUCCUCAGAGAACUACAGGACAAGGUACCACAGCUCCCAGGAUUUUCCUGGAUCAAACCUUGUAUCUCUUCCCCAAGUAUUGUAUAUAUUGGACUAAGAGACGUGGACCCUCCUGAACAUUUUAUUUUAAAGAAUUAUGAUAUCCAGUAUUUUUCUAUGAGAGACAUAGAUCGACUUGGUAUCCAGAAAGUCAUGGAACAGACAUUUGAUCUGCUGAUUGGCAAAAGACAAAGGCCAAUCCAUCUGAGUUUCGAUAUUGAUGCAUUUGACCCUACACUGGCUCCAGCCACAGGAACCCCUGUUGUAGGGGGACUGACCUAUCGAGAAGGCAUGUAUAUUACUGAGGAAAUACACAGUACAGGGUUGCUCUCGGCCCUGGACCUCGUUGAAGUCAAUCCUCGGUUGGCCGUGUCAGAGGAGGAGGCCAAGGCUACAGCCAGCCUGGCAGUGGACGUCAUUGCUUCGAGUUUCGGGCAGACAAGGGAGGGAGGGCAUGUUGUCUACGACCAACUUCCUACUCCCAGCUCACCAGAUGAAUCAGAGAGUGAAGAACGUGUAAGAAUUUAGGGAAUACUGUUUGCUGACACGUGUGUCACAGUGGGCAUUCCAGAGCCGUGAGGCGUUUGUGGUGACAGAUGUGAAUGAUCAUCUGGGUCAAUACUGCCUUAAUGAGAACAUUUGUGCACUCUCACAAUUGCCUUCCCUUUCAUUUUGGUGACCGAUAAUUGUACUGUACAUGUACUUGGUUUUUUGAAGCUCACAGGGUAUUAAUAUGUCGGAGCACUAUGUAAACUUAAAGAAGUCAUAAACGACAUUUAUUACCUUGGUA